AUGGAUAAUAACGACCCUUUACUCAGUGAGCUGUGCUCAAUAUGCCACGUCAACCCCCCAAAAUACCGCUGUCCUCGCUGCUCCACCCGCACCUGCUCUCUCCCCUGUACAAGACGCCACAAGCUCUGGUCCCAAUGUUCCGGUAUCCGGGAUCCAGCCGCCUAUCUAAAGCGCAGUGAACUAAUGAACGAGUCCUCACUCGACCGCGACUUCAAUUUCAUCACGGGUAUUGAGCGCUCGCUGGAACGCGCGGAUAGAGAUGCGGAGAAUCGGGGGAUCGAUCUUGCGCGUGGACAAGUUCAGGCUCAGGAUGGAGAUGGAGGUGAUUCACAAGAUUUUGGUGCUGCUGCUGGUCGCAAGAGAAAGCAUCCGCAGCAGGGUCUUGUUAAGGGUGAAGCGGGAUUUUUGCGCGGUGCGGAGACAGGUGCUGUGACUGUAAUCCGGGCGCCGAGAGGAAUGUCGAGGAAUAAGGAGAAUAAUUCACGGUGGCAUCCUAAGCAUAAGUGUCUUAGUUGGUCUGUGGAAUGGGUUUUGACGAGUGGAGAGAAGAUUAUUCGGAAUUGUCUUGAGAAUUGCCCUAUUGCCGAUGCCUAUGAUCGUGCUUUUCCGCUAGCGAAACAGGAGAAACCGAAUUCUGAGCCUCUGAAAGACGAUGAGCAGAAUCAAAGCGAGACUGCUAUAGUUCAAGACUCGACUGAUGCGGCUACGUCUGACGCUGCAGUGGCCUCGAAUCCGUCCGAGCCUACAGCGCAACCCGAACAACCUUCCAGUAGAAAUGAUGCCGAGAUCUCGACGGAGACAGAGAAACUCACAGAAGAAGACAAACCCCAAGAUCUAACGAUUGGUCCGCAUCGCGAACUAUACUUCUACCUCCACCGACCACGAACGAGAACUAAUAAGCCUGUCUUGGUACCACUCGCACCACUAGCAACACUCGCAGCUGUACUUCGUGAGCGAACAGUUCUCGAGUUCCCUACAAUACACGUCUUGGCAGAUUCACCAGAGAAACUCCUGGAGCAGAAAGAUACGUCGUCAUUUAUUCUGGAGGAGGAAUAUGUACGCACUCUUGACCCUGAAGAGGCCGCGGGAAAAAAUAGUGAGACUGAUUCAGAGGAUAUUGAUAACGGUGCUUUGGGUCUAGAAGGGUCUUCAAUUGAUUUGGAGAACGUGGAUGAACAGAAGGUGCUGGAAGUUUUGAAGCAAGAUCUGUUUGAGCCAGAAUCAUGA